ACUGCUCUGGAGGUGGAGGGGCCACGGUGAGUCCCUGCCCCUCCCUGUGACUGCCACCAGCCCCUGGAGAUGGGUGACACCACAAUGGUUGCGGUGACAUCAGCCAGGCAGGGGCUGAGGCCAGUGGGCACCAGCCGAGCCUGCUGCCCGUGGGCAGCCCUUGGGGUUUGGACCGCGGGACCGAGGGGUUCUUCAGGGUCCUUCCCCUCCCUUCUGCCACACCGUGUCUGGGACCACAGUGCUUUGGCUGCCAGUAAAAUACCAGCAAUGAAGAAAAGAUAUCCAGCAGAAUAAAAAGAAAAAUCAUGGCAGACGAGAGCAAGUUCUGCAAAAAUUGUAAACGAGAUGUGUCUGCUGCCAAUUUCUCACUCCAUGAGACCCAUUGCUUGCGAUUUCUCACUCUUUGUCCGGAAUGUGAUGAACCAGUUGUCCAAAAGGAUAUGAAAGACCAUCAAAGAGAAGCACACAAGCAGGUCAGAUGUAAUCUUUGUCACCAAAGCAUGCAGCAAUACCAGUUGGAGCAUCAUGAGGCCAACGAAUGCCUUGAACGAGCAAUGAAAUGCAAAAUCUGUGAGCUUGAAAUGCCCUUCAAGAAGCUGCAGGAACACCUGAACACCUGUGCCAGCCGAACAGAGCGGUGUUGGGAGUGUAACAAAUACAUCAUGUACAAAGACGUGAGCAAACACAAAGAGAUUUGUCAGAACAGCAGUCUGUCCUGUCCUAAGGAUGUGAACUUUCAAUCCAGUGAAGCAUCCACUAAUGCAACAUUUAUUUGCCCCACUGGUACUGGUGGCAAUUUUUGUCAGAACUGCAAUAAGUCGUUCCCAGAUGACCAAUACUCCCAACAUCUGAAUAAAUGCAGUGCAGCCCAUAAGCUGAUGGAAGUUCUUGCUGGCCAGUCAACUUCAGAACUCAGCGGUGAUCCACCACAGUCUUCUUCCUCCCUUGCUCCCUCUUCCCGCUCCGAGAAUUCAACAGCAUGGAGAGAUGUCCGUCCCAAAGGGAAAGAAAGGGACCAGCCACUGACCUCCAAAGCCUUGCAUAAACCCGCAAAGAAGAAGAGUGGCUUUCCUUCUCCCACAAAAGGCAGACUUUGCACAUCACCUCAAGAUUUUAAAGAGACACAGUCUUUUGACAUGCUAGUGACUUGUGCUCAUUGCAACAUUCUUCUGCCACUUCCAACCCUUCGGAAACAUGAGAUCAAAUGUCUACGUUUGACAUCUUUGAAAAAUGCUAGGAUGAGACGAAGAUCAAGCCGUGGAGAAAAAGACUCUUUCUAAGAUGCUUAUGAUUAAAUCUGGAAAUAGAGGCACGUCUUCAGAUGGAAGCUUCAGCUCAACUUUUGCAAAAGGCACUGAAAGUGCAAUAGCCUUAUUGACAAAUAAAAGUGACUUGCUCCUCUGGACCGAGAACAAAAAAAAACAUUAAA